UUUUUUAGCAUUGUUCUUAAUUUAAAAAAACUUAUACGUAAUUUUGAAGCCUAAUGAACCAGACAUUAGAAGAUUCUUAAGGUGUUGAUUAACUACGUGUUAUUCACAGACAAGACAAGUAUUCUAAAUGCUCGGCGUUAGCAGGCGGGGCUAGAAGAAGGGCUAGGAAAACAUAAACAGCACGAGUUCAGUUAACAGGCCUGCUACUUGAUUAUUUGACGUACGCAUGACGCACAAAAAAUUACUAAGUAUAUCACACUUCGUGAUAACGAAAGCGAUUAGUUUCUAGUGAAGAGUUAUAAAGCGUCGGUUUGCUCCACUUGGGACAUAAAUCUACAAUGGAUGAACGGACGCAAGAUGUGAUAUUUUGGUGCAUUAGCGGAAUGAUUGGCAUCGUCAUAGUCACCGCUAACUUUGUAACCUUACUGGUCUUCCUGUGGGAUUCGCAGCUCAGGCGUCGAUUUAUGAACAUUUUCCUCGCGAGUCUAAGUAUCGCAGAUUUACUCAUGGGUGUGCUUAUCAUUCCUGGCUACGCGACUUUCUGCAAAGUGGAAAAUACUUCACUGCAUACGUGCUGGUUCUUGACAGGCACCAAAGACUACGUAUUUAGCACUACAAGUCUAAACAUGCUGGCAAUAUGCUACGACCGAUAUUACGCAGUCCUUAAACCAUUAUACUAUGCUGCUACCAUCAACAGGCGGAGGGUCACAUGUAUCUUAAUAUUUGUCUGGGUUAUCCCGGCAAUAAUGACUUCGGUGCGAUGUGCAUGGCGCUAUUGCGAACUUAACUACAGCAAGCAAUUCCUAGAUACUGUUUACGACAACGUGUUGUUGUGCGUGGUGUUCAUCAUCCCCCUUGUCAUAAUAAUCACGACAAAUGCUCUAAUCAUUCACGCGAUCAAAAAACAAAAAAAGAUGAUCAGCAGCCUUGGAAAUAGCCCAGCAAAAAUCCACAAACAACACUCAACAAAACCUUGCGAUAAAAACAAUGUGGCGACCAAAUUAACAUCUAUACCCAAGAUUCCAAGCGCGCGUGUGGGCGCCAAUGGGACGAGGACAUGCAUCAGUGUAGUGAGUGUGUACGUGAUGGCUUGGCUCCCGAGGACUGUUUAUAACCUGAUGAAACUGUCUGACGAACAAGUCAGUCCGGUUUUAGUGAGAAUGUCUUUGUUGUUUCUGUUUCUGCAGUCAGCAGUGGAUCCAUUUAUAUACACGUAUUAUAGGCGAGACUUCAGUGACGCUGUUAAGAAGCUUGUGCGAUGCGCUAUUUGUCAGUGACGUCAUAGUGGCAAUGCUGAUCCAGCUAUACUUGAUCAUAUAUACAACAUCACUUGAAUAAGACUCAAUUUAUUUUUUUAUUUAUUCAAUUUUUCAGCCGAAGGGGAGCAAUUAAUUAGAGCCAAGCUCUGUUGUGAUUCCCCCACCAUAAAUUAUAAUUUUAAUACAUCCACUUUAGUAUUUACUUUUCUAUAACACUUGGGCUUGCCAAGGGUGUGGUAUACUUGUACAUAUUCACUUCUCAGUAACACCUGAGCUUGCCAAGGGUGUGGUAUACUUGUACAUAUUCAAUUCUCAGUAACACCUUAGCUUGUCAAGGGUGUGGUAUACUUGUACAUAUUCACUUCUCAGUAACACAUGAGCUUGCCAAGGGUGUGAUAACCUUGUUCAGGCCCGUUCAAGUGUGUGUCGCCAAACCGCAGUUGAAGCAGAGGGAGUAGAUCUUUGAAUGUGACCAUAACGCUAUCUUCGGUCCACCCUCUGUAAUUACCGUCGCAAUUACAUCUACUAUUCCCAAUACACGAAUCGGUGACAGCGCAUGCGCACUUGUCACUUCCCCUGGGCGCGCCUCCCCACGUAUACUGUUUUACCCCGUCAAGUGAUACCCACCAGGCAUACCAUCGUUUCUGUGUGUUGCUAUAGAGAAUCGAGCCGGUGCAUUCGUAUUUCAGGAAUUGCUCGCAGUACGUGGACAUGCUGGUCAAUGUCUUCAGUUGCGUGACAGUCACCCCUGUAUAUGUCACGUCACGCCUGUAGCUACCUGGACCCUCACCUGCCUUGACGUGACUUCGCGCCUCACUGUCGUGGCCCACCAUCGUCACGCCUCUGCCGUCGUGCGCCGUCAUGUCACAGAGCACUGCCAUUGGCUGGCUACCGUUUAGGACAAGGGUGUAUUCGCCACUAAUAGCAGACGGGUCUGCGUACUUGAUAUCCCGGCACGUUGUAGCUGAAAAUGGUUAUAAAAAAAACAUGCUAACA